CCGGGGAUGGGACGGGGGACACGGUGGCUAGGAAAGGGCGAGAAAGAGAAAGAAAGAGGAAGAAAACGAGGCACCGCGCCCGCAUAAUACGGCCGUCCUACCGUGGACCACGUCGAGGCGGCCAGUUGCCACUGGAUUGGCUAGCCUCCAUGUGUGGGGGCGGCCUGGCCGGCAACCCGUUGAAAAUAUAAGCGUGUGUGAGUGUCGGCUGAUUAGCCAGAGUCAGAGGAGAUCGCCGGUGGCGCGAGGAUAGGCCGCUCUCUUCUUCGCGAUCCAACCAGCCUGGUCAAUAGGAGAACCGGGAGCAAACCGGGAGAUCCAUUCCGCGGCACACCGUCCUCCAAGGUCCUGCCGCUUGUUUUCCCUGCACGGACGGGGCAGAAACUCGCUGGGCUACGCCACGGGGCCAACGUUCGCCGCCGCGGCCGCUUAGUUAACUCCGGUUAAAACUAAUCAAAAUUAAUCAUAACCCAGGCAACAAUUGAUCGCAAUUGGUCCGGAUUCCAUUACCGGCGCCGCUAACGCGAUCAACCGUACGCGUGCUUUUUUGCAUAAUUGUCGCGGAUCUUAACCAGGAGUCACCCGAGGAGCCCGCCGCCGUUGGUUCGUCGCUAAUUGGGAUCGGUCGGCAGGUAUCUCGUUCCGUUCGCUGCUUCCGAAACGGGAUUCGGGAGAGAAGCGUCUUCCGAUCGUCGAGGAGAGGAUUUACCGGAGAACUUACGGAUCCGAGUCUGGACUGUGCGCGCGUGUCGCUCUGUGCACACCGAAAAGUGCGGUUGAUAACGGACCGGAGGUGUGUACCAGCCGAAGAGAAGGAACGCCAAGUGAUUUAUUCUAUAUAGGCUGGUCCGCUGGAAGUCGCGCCGCGAGGAAGAAACCGAUCAUGGACGGAGGACCUUUCGACGAUCCGAUCUUCUCCGACUUCGGCGGCAGGGGUGGCACAGGUGUCCACAGUAUUCAGGUGAUGCUGGGCCUGCACGUCGGGCACCACGGCGGCGAUCUGAUGCCCACCGGCGGACACCUUCACAAGCUGGACUCCUCGAAUAGUCCGCCGCCUCAUCAUCAGGCCUCUCAUCAUCACUUGCAGCAGCAGCAGCAGCAGCAGCAGCAGCAGCAGCAGCAGCAGCAGCAACAGCAGAAGGAGCUCAAGGAGCUGGAGCUCGCCGGGAUGUACGCGCCGCUUCCUCAAACUCAAGACGUGACCACAUCGACGUCCAGCGCUGCGACGCCGACGUCCACCACUUUGCAGCAGGGUCUGCAGUUGGGUAACCCGUUGAAGAGGAAGCCGGAGGACCCGAUGAACACCCUAGCGCCAGUGAACAGCGAGGCGCAGCCGGCCAAGAAAGACUCGAAGAAGAAGACCGACAACAAUGGCAUUAAGAAGAAGAAGACUAGGACCACGUUCACGGCGUACCAACUGGACGAGCUGGAGAAAGCGUUCGAGCGUGCACCGUACCCGGACGUGUUCGCUCGCGAGGAGCUCGCCGUGAAACUCGCCCUCUCCGAGUCCCGGGUUCAAGUUUGGUUCCAGAACCGGCGCGCAAAAUGGCGGAAGAGGGAACCGCCACGGAAGACCGCCGGUUACAUGGCCGCUGGCUCGGCUAGUCCAGGCUUAUCAGGAUCGUUCACUUCUCUGAACAACACGUUAAAUCCAUUCGCCUCUCCGACCACAGCGACAGCGCCACCGGACGCCUGGGCGUACUCGCCAGCCUACGACCUAGCGCCACAUUUGAAUCUGUUGAGUCCCUCGAACUCGCCGUACUCGACGUCGUUCGGCGGGCCGAGCAACAACGGGACCUACUCGUACGCGACCAUGCUGCCGCAGCACGACGCGUCCUUGUUCUCGGCCCCGUCCGGCAACACGAUGCGGGUGCACCAGGACUACAUGAACGCCGGGAACAGUCCGCCGCCCCCGUUGACUCGCAACGAUUACCAGACGAUGGUGACCACCCACUCGCCACCUACUCACCUGGCCAACUCGAUGUCCGAGGAGGACCAUCAGCAGAACAAACAGCUGGACUACGUGAGCGGGCUGAGUCCACCGGACAAGUAUCAGCACGAGCAGCCCGACUACACGCAGCAGCAGCAGCAGCAGCAACAGCAGCAGCAGCAGCAACAGCCUCAACAGGACCAGAAGCAAGACUACGGCAUGCACUCGCCGCAGGGACGUCAGGGUUUAAAGGACCAAGUGAUGGUGAAGAGUGAGCCGGCUAGCCAACAGAACUAUGUACAGCUGCCUCCUUUUCUGAACUGACUCGAAAUCUCCGCUCUAGAUUCGCUCCGAAGCCUUCUCCAUAUUCAGCUAUAGAUUUCAAAUCAGAUUCAGAAUCUGGGAACACGCGUCGUGUUGUUGCCAAUCAUUAUUUUCCACGGCGUUUACCAAAUGUAAAAACAAACCUUACCAAUGAACGACCGAAUUAAUCGCGACCGCUGUAACGGUGCCAACAAACAAUUGGAAAGGCGAUUGAAUCUCGAUGGAGACGCUAAGAACGUAUAAGAGGAUCAUUCGAAACUAACCGCUGUAGGCUGUGGGACCUGAGUGUGGAUAAUAUCGAGUCUAGUAUAGAAAGUGUUCCGAUUCGAAAUUCAUUCUUAGUCGAUUCAGAAGAACGUUGAACGAGACGGGGUCGGGGUCUACUCCGGAAACAUAGACUUCCAAAAAGACAUACAGCUUUACACCAAUUAUAGUUUUCUUAUUAAUGCGAGUCCUCUUCGGAUUAUAGGCGUAGGAUUUUAGAUUUCAACUUAAUUAUCCUCACUUUCACUUUUAAUAUCUGUAAAUGAAAUUUCAUUAUUUUAGAGAUAUAUUUAUUGUUUGAUCAGCUAUUAACAUUUCAAUGAGAGAAGGAAUCGCCGCUCAAGUUUUCCCUGUCUAUUCGACAUUUCUAUUUGUACUUUGAAAAUUACAUUGCUGGCAUUCCUUUUCUAAAAGAAAUUCGAGUAAUUUCGAUUAAGAGUUGAUGAUUCUUGUAGCAUUUUUAUCAUAGAUAUAUAUACAUAUAUAUAUAUAUAUAUAUAUAUAUAUAUACAUAUAUGUAUAUAUAUAUAUAUAUGAGAUUACCAAAUACUUGUAAAGGUAAACGUGAAAAAGGUGGGAAACGUGGAAAACGUGUUAAAUUAAUUAAAAUUGCGAGUCUAUUAAAUAAGUAAGUGCAUUCCGAGUGCCUUGAAAAACAUAGCUUAAUACGUAUGUGUUCUUACGAAUGAGUGUGACUGUGUUUGUAUCUUCCAUUUCUAUUUCUUCUACAUUUUCUUUUAAGGAAAAAUUUCAUAAUGGCGACCGGAGUUUCAACAUGGCAAUGCUCCGUAAUGUUAUACAUAUUUUACGGUGAUAUUGUAUAUUAAAAACGUAUUGUGCGUGGUAACGUUUGUUAAAAAAAAUAUAUGUGUAUAUAUAUACAUAUAUAUGUAAUGUUAUAUAAUGUUUGCAUAUUGCCCUACUCUUAUUUCUUGAUCAGAAUACUAUUAAGGAUAAAUUAUAAAAACGUGUAAUGGUCGAUUUGACAACGUUGUUUCGAAAAUGCCUUUCCAAAGAAACUAACUUGACGGUUAUCUGGUAUAUUAAUAUUUUAUUUGUAUACAAACAUAAUCUUUAAUAAAUUAACGAAAACUAAUAAGACCUAUACGAAAUUAAUAAAUUCUAGUACUACAAGAAAUAUAUGUCUUUUGUCAACACAAUAACAGCGUUCACGUAAAAUCUUCGGUAUAUUUUGUUUCGAUAAUACUAACAUUAUUUACAGAUUCAUCUGGAUGUUCAUGCUUAAUCUCGUCUAGAUCUCUGAACAUGUCCACUGUAUCGAUCUCAUGUUCGUCACGAUACGUUAUCUGCCAAACACCAUCACCACUGAAAUGAUGUGAUUUCUCUAACAAGUAUAGGCAUAAUGCGAGGCGUUGUUUCUCGGUGAAAUUAUACCCUUCUUCCAGAUUAUAUUUUUCGUAUACUAUUUUACGCACUUUCUCAACUGCAUCCCUGUAUUAAAGACAAAGUUCCCGACAUGUGUUACUAUGAAGUUUCAAUGUUUCGAUUAAAAGGAUUACUUAAUUAUUCCAAUGAAAUACGUAGUUUUAUACGAUACAAUUCUUUUGUACCGAUCAUACGCGUGUGUUCGUAUUAAGUGCAUACGGACUUACCGUGGAUAGAGUAUAAUGUGAAGGUUAGCAACUAUGUCUUCUUCGGAAUAAUGUUUCUUUAAAUAAACAAUCAUUUGAUGUAUUACAGUAAAUGAUACGACUUUCCAGUGAGGAUGCCUCGUCAAAUAUUCAACUAGACAUUGUUCCUUUGGUUCAAAUUCUGUGUUAAGUAUAUGUCUCAGAUGCGUUCUUCUAGCUACUCGAGGAUGACGUCCGUGUGCAUGAGUUCUGUGCAAAGAAAUUUCCAAUUUUGAUGAAAACAUUUCUGUAAAUUCAGAGCAAAUAGUGGUUUUUCGUGUAUUCUUGUUCUAACCUUAAGAAAUGAUCUCGUGUAGAAUAAAUGGAAUAAAAUGAAACAAAGUUUAAAUUAUUCAUGGCCUGCAGCAUCUGUAUACGUUCCAUAACCAUCUUAUAUGCAAGAAUCGUAAAAAUUAUUCUUGAAUGUCUCAACCACACGCAUAAUGUAGGAUGGGUUGAUACAGUAUUAUACCGUUCUAUAAAUGUAUUCUUUUUCAUUGUUAAAAUUCUCACAUUAGUGUAAACAGUAGAGUUUGGUAUAUUGUAUUUAUUGAAGAGCGAUAGCAACUCAUCCAUAUUAUUUAUAUCAGCCAUUAAAAUACGUGGGUACUUUCUUACUAUUACAAACAUAUCUUGUCCUG